UUUCAGAAUUCAUGGCUCCAGAGAAGCGCGUCCUUGUCAAUGUAGUUUUCAAUAGUGGUUGGAUGACUGGGAUGUGUAUUUUACCUUUGGCCGCAUAUUUGACCAGAAGUUGGGUUCUAUUGGGCAUCUUCAGUUCCAUUUGCACUGCAUCAGUUUUACUCUUUUGGAAGUAUGUUCCUGAAUCCGCAAGUUGGCUAGUAUCUCAAGAUAGAUAUAGUGACGCAACUAAUGUAAUGAUGCUAAUUGGAAAAAGAAAUGGAAAAAACAUUGAGGAAAAAACUUUAUCAAUGAAACUAAAGAAUACCAAAGAAGAAGAAGCGAAAGAGGACAAAAGUUUCUUCUCCUUCAUGUUGAAACAUCCUAGAUUGAGAAAGCAUUUCCUAAUCCUCACCUUCAGUUGGACAGCCAACACACUGGCUUACUUGGGAUUCCAAUAUAAUGUGGUCCACUUAGCAGGUAAUGUAUUCGUGAACUAUUUUCUCCUGUCUCUAGUGGAGGCACCUGGAAAUGCCCUCUUCUGGUAUUCCAUGGAGAAGAUAGGAAGAAGGUGGAGUGCCACCAUUGGAUUUUUCACCAUCGCCCUCUGCUGUCUCCUACCUCUAUCGGGCGUGGAGUAUUCUGAUGUAGCCAGUUCAAUUAUAGGAAAGUUAAUCACUUCUGGACUCUUUAUGAAUGUUGACCAGCAAGGUUGCGAACUCUUUCCUACCGUUGCCAGAUCCUUGGGAGUCGGAACUGGAAAAUCUAUAUCCAUGAUUAUCGUCCUAUUCACACCAUUUGUGGCAUAUCUUAGCAACUAUGGGAAGAUCAUCCCAUUCCUUAUCAUAGGAUCGGUGUGUCUGUUGGCCUCCGUCCUUUCCUCCUUCCUUCCAGAAACACUGAGUAAGAACUUACCUCAAAGUUACUCGGAUGCAGAAAACUUUGGAUUGGAUCAAGAGUACUUCUCUUUCAACAGGAAAAAGAAACCUGUUCCGGAAGCGACUGUAUACGCCAUAGAAGUUAAAGAUCCAAACAUUAUAUACAGCAUCCGGUUAUGAAGAAUGUCUGUAGAAUAUUCUAUCAUUAUCUCUAAUUCAUUUUUUUUCCAUUUAAUCAUGUAUAAUAAAAAUUAUUUUCACA